CUUUUCGCUCCUUUGUCUCCUUGUCUCCUUCUCUCCUUCACCCACUCUCACUCACAACAACACCCAACCAACACCUCUUAUCCAGCAAAGUUCUUACACAAUGGCUCUUCCACCCUCCGCCGCCUCCUCGCUGGCCUCCCAGGCGAUCUUCCCCGACUCGUCCCCCGCCCACAUUCUCCUCAACUGCCAACACAUCGUGGACAGCAUCCUCAGCUGCACCGACCGUGACACCCUCGUCACGUGUCUUCGCGUCAAGAGCCUCCACGACGUAGCCGGCGCGCAGCUCUACCACACGGUCCGACUUGACGCGGGGAGCAUCGAGGCCUUCUUCCGCGUCGCGACCGCUCCCCCUGACCCCCAUGGUUCCAUCGCGCCAGCCCUCAACCUGAGGGACACAAGGAAGGGCAAACUCCUCGCCCGGGUGUGUGUGUUGUCGAUUGGCUCACACGCCUCCACACAAUGCGCCCCUUACGCCCGUUCUGCCGCCCUCUUAACCGGCCUGGACACUCUCCGUAUUGUGCGCAUGCCAAGAAACCGUCAAGCGCUUGAACUCUUCUGCCAUGACGGCAUUGAGAACUGCAACUGCAAGUUCUUGAAGACGCUGUCCCCCAGGAAGAUUGUGCUGCGCAAUAUCGACUUCCUGUCCCAUGGUUCAACGUUCAUAAAGUUCCACAACCCCUCGGCGACGACCUCACUCCGGGAGCUGGUAUGGGUGGUGCCGAACGACCACCUCCGGUUCCCUCACCGCGUCAAGUUGCGGGACGGGGAGUGGAAGUACCCGUCGGUGUGCCGAGUCGUCUUGAUCUUUGCUGCGCAGUGGGAGGACUGGCGGCAGCCAAACAACACCGAGAACCUUCCUAUUCAGUGGCUGCCGGGGGAGCAGCCGCCACUCAUUACCGACACCGUUGUUGCCCCAAUGGCACUUUGCCGCAACCAGGCACCUGUCCACCCACAUACCAUCUAUGGUAUGGAGACUGUCGUGUUCCAGACGGCAGCAAACUCAGGUGACAUUAUAGGCGAUCUGAAUGCCCUUGCCACUGCUUUUGGUGUCGGUCUGCCUGUGACGUUUACAUUCCCGGAGACACAGGGCGAUGCUCUCCGAGAGGCACAGGCGGCAAUCGUCGCCCAGUUCGACUCUGUUCCCCCACCUCCGAGUGGUGGAAACUGGGUGUCGUUCAAGACAAUGGAAGUAUACUCUGCCCUGGAACCGGCUGUACGUCGCACGGACCGCACGACGCUGGUUACCUGCCUGCGCGUCAACAAGGCCGUUCACGAGGCCGCCGGUACGCUCCUCUACCACACGGUCCGGGUAACCGAGGAGGACCUGAGCGGCUUCAUCGACGGUGCGGUUGCCAUCGGAGCGGCGCAGCAAGACUCGCCCCACGCGACGCUGUCGGACUCCACCAAGGGGCGGCUGUUGGCCAAGGUGCGCGUCUUCUCCCUCAGCAAUCACGGGAACCAGCUAUGCCUCAGGUUCGGGCCGAUAGUCGGCGCCCUCCUCACCGGGCUCGACACGUUCCGAGCAGUGUCGGCGGCGUAUACCAGCGAGGUGCUGUGGGAGUUCUGCUGUCGGCCCAUGGAGGGCGGCUGCAAGUUCCUCGAGAGCUGCCAGGCACGUAAGCUUGUCGUGCGCAACGUCAGCGCCGAGACCAUCAUGUUCCACUGCUUCGAGGAGCGCGCCGCCGUCGAGGAGAUGGUCCUGGUGCUGUCGCCCAAUAGAGACCGGUACCUCAACGACUGGACGUUUGCCGAACGCGCGCGGGCGUAUUCCGACGAGCGGCUCAAGAUCGUGUUCGACGACAGCUGGGAGACAUGGUCGCCGCCUAUGCUGUGUAUCCACCCCGAUCAUAACGUGCAGGAGCAUGAGUGCAUCAACGACUACCGGGCGUCGUUGCCCGUCCCCACCGAGGGCGACGAUGUCUUCAUCAGGACGCUGCAGCCAUUGCUCGUCACCAAGCCCCUGUUCGACGACAAGCUCGGCGCCGAGGCUCGCGCCAUGACAAUCUACGGGUUCGAGACGGUUCCGCUGCGGGACGACUAUGGCGACGAGCUCAUCGCUGCCUUCCGACGGUUCUCGGGAGAGGAAGGGUACGAGUCCGACGAUGCCGACGAGGCAGAGGAGACAGAAGGCGCCGCGUAUGCAGACUUCGGCGACGACUUCAUCGAAGUCGAGGUCGAAGGUGGCUCGCCAGUCACCUACUUGCCAGACGAGGACGGCAACACCGACUACGUCCCGUACGACCCCGUGACCGACCCAAACAACCUCAAGCAGGACCAGCUGACCCAGCUGGUGAUGGACGAGGUCCUCACAGGGUCAUUGACAGCCGCGCGCAAGUCCAAGGUGUUGGUCCAGCUUCCGCCCACCGACAAGGUCAAGUUUAGGACGAUGGACGAGUACGCACGGCUUGAUCCCGCCGAGCGGCGGUAUGAGCUCGACGACGGUCCCGACUCGUUCUUUGCAUAG